AUGGACUUGGUGGUGCACGAGUUCUUGGAUAGUGAAUGCAAGUUCCAGCUGCGGUGUCGAUCUGGUGGUGCAGAUCAGGGGCUACGAGCUCUGUCGUAUGUCUUUAAGGCUUCGACGAAUACGGAGUUUGUCGAGUGGGUGAACGGGAUUCGUGGACACGAAACGGGUGGUUACUGCACGGAUCGAGAUAGCCUUGGGGGCGAACCGGUUGGAGGAAGAGACGACUUGGAGGUGUUGAGCCAGGAGCAGCCGCAGCUACCUCUGGGAGAAUUCAUGUACACAACACCUCCAAGAACCAAGCACUUGAUUCUGGUACGUCAUGGCCAUUACGUCAAUGCUCAUGUGCAGCGAGCGUCGGACACUCAACAGGUUCUUUCACAAAUGGGAAGGCAGCAGGCUGCACUGACUGGCAAACAUCUGAGAGCGGUUCACAACCGCGUUCCAACCCGACAUGACGUUUCUAUCUAUCAUAGUGACAUGACACGAGCGGUGGAGACAGCUGGUAUCAUUGCUGGUGACUUUGGGGAGGUCGCGAUGAGUCCAAGCUCGUUGUUGCGUGAAGGGUGGCCCGGGAAACCAUAUUCGUCUGCUUUUGACGUGGGCGAGACUGCUACCGCACGCGCUUCUGACGUGAUGCAGGAACAAACUCAAGUGGACGUAAAACGGAUGGAGAAGGCAUUCCAGUGGUUUUUCGAUGACUCGAUGAACGCCCAGGAAGAGAACAAUGAAGAGUCGUACUGCAUCCUCGUGUGUCAUGCCAAUCUGAUCCGGUUCUUCCUCUGCCGUGCGCUAGGCGUCAACCCUGCAACCACAUGGGGUCAUUUCGAAGUCAAUCACUGCGGCGUCACACGUAUUGACGUGUGCGCCACUCGGCCGAUCAAGGUCGUUGCCGUGAACGAAACUGGCCACCUCCCGCAGUCCCUCAUCACGUCCAGCGAAGAUCAUCUGUAA